GGUUUCCCUCCGCGGGGGCAGGUCACUCCCUCCCCGCUAACGGCAGACAUCUCUCGGGCGGCGGGUAGGCGUUUUUUUUUAGAAGCAGCACUGAGCUAGUCCUGCGACUUCCUCCAAGCGGACUUUGGCGUUUUCUUUCGGGUUUUUUUAAAGUGUUUUCUUGUUUGCUGCGUCGAGGAACUACCGUGUUUACUGUUGAAGAAGCAAAGCGGCGGAAGGAAAUGUCCAGCUGAGGCUUGGAAGUCCUGAGAAGCCACUGCCGGGGCCUAUUUUUUCUGUAAUGAUUGAUCAAUGCUUCUACUAUGGCACUGAAGGCACAGGUUUUAUAUGACUUCGCUGCGGAGGCUGGAAACAAUGAGCUGACAGUGAAAGAAGGCGAGACCCUCACUAUCACAAAUCAGAAUGUCGGCGGUGGCUGGAUUGAAGCACAGAACUCCAGAGGGGAAAUCGGACUGGUGCCGGAGGAUUACAUAGAGUUCAGCAAGUCGUCAUUCCCAGAAGCGGGAACCGCAGCACCGACUCCCAGCGUCGGAAACGUCGCGCCCUCGGACCUGUCCUUCUUCGACGCCUUCGCUCCUGCAUCGACGCAAAACCAGGUGGAUGCUAGGGGCUUGAGUCCCCAGCCCGACACCCCUGACACCCCAGUUUCCCCCUACCUCGCGUCCCCCGAUGAGGCCAGCAAUGGAAACGAUCCCUGGUCAGGGUGGAACGCCGACCCCUCGGGGGGAGCCGCCAACAACUGGGCAUCCAACCCAGAGGGCACCCAGACCGGCAAGAUGGCCGCCGCGGACUCCUGGGGAGGCUCUGCCCCUCAGGGACACCCUCAGGCUUACCAGGGUCCUGGGGCCGCCGACGACGACGAGUGGGACGACGAGUGGGACGACAUGAAGUCCACCGGGGGCUACGCAGAGUCCGAAUCUGGAGAUGCCGCGGCCAUGCAGCGAGGCGGAGCUCACGCGUCCAUGAAACUCAAAUUUCCAGGGUUCUCAAAGUCUGGUCCUGAGCUGUACCUCCUUUGCAAGCAGAUCGCAAAGGGUAAAGAAAAGCUACCGAUCUAUAUGGGAGAAGUGGGUCCGGUGUGGCUUUAUCCAGAAUCACAGCUGGACUGUGUGGUCGCUGAUCCCAAGAAAGGCUCAAAGCUGUACGGCCUCAAGAGCUACAUCGAGUACCAAAUCACGCCAAACACCACAAACCGCCCUGUCAAUCACAGAUACAAGCACUUUGAUUGGCUCUAUGAGAGGCUGCUGGACAAAUUUGGCUCCGCCAUCCCCAUCCCCUCCUUACCAGACAAGCAGGUGACAGGGCGCUUUGAGGAAGAGUUCAUUAAGAUGCGAAUGGAGCGGCUGCAGGGCUGGAUGAGCAGGAUGUGCAGGCACCCCGUCCUUUCCUGCAGCGAAGUCUUCCAGCUGUUCCUCACGUAUAAGGACGAGAAGGACUGGAAAACGGGGAAGAGAAAAGCAGAGAAGGAUGAGACGGUGGGAGUGAUGAUCUUCACCACCAUAGAGCCGGAAGCUGCAGACUUGGACCCUAUAGAAGUAGAGCAGAAAUGCGAUCAGUUCAGCAGGUUUACCAAGGCGAUGGACGACGGCGUGAAGGAAAUCCUCACAGUGGGACAUGAGCACUGGAAGAGAUGCACGGGACCUCUGCCAAAGGAAUAUCAGCGGAUUGGUAAAGCCUUCCAAAACCUUUCCUUAGUGUUCACCAGCAGUGGAUAUCAAGGCGAGUCAACCCUGACGGAUGCCAUGACGGCAGCGGGGAAGACCUACGAGGAGAUAGCACAGUUAGUAGCGGAGCAGCCCAAGAAAGACCUCCACUUCCUCAUGGAGACUAACAACGAGUAUAAAGGUCUGCUGGGAUGCUUCCCCGACACCAUUGGAGUCCAUAAGGCGGCCAUCGACAAAGUGAAGGAAGGCGACAAGUUGGUGGCCACCAGUAAAAUUACCGCACAGGAAAAGAUCACCAUGGCGAAACGAGUCAGCACGAUGUCUUACGCAUUACAAGCUGAGAUGAACCACUUCCAUAGCAACCGUAUCUACGACUACAACCGCGUCAUGCAGCAGUACCUGGAAGAGCAAGUCAAGUUUUAUGAGACGAUUGCUGCAAAGCUGAGACAAGCCCACGGUCAGUUCACCACCAUGUGACGGUGCAGGAGCCACAACAAGAGCACCACAUCCCAAAUCUUCUCACUAAACUGCUUGUUUUCUACCUUUCUUUUCUUCUUUUUUUAAUGAAAGUUUCCCACUUCCCUUCUGAAGCUUUAAACCGCAGCAGUGAGCGAUUGCGGAUGACGACACACACACACACUCUUCCUCUUUUUAAAGAAAGAGACGGGAACAAAACACGCAACGUGUUACACAACCGAAGCUUUCUGUAAAGCAAAACGACAAUUUAUUUGUAGUGAUUAAUAUCAUCCCCAUGUUUGAUACGUCCUGUCACUCAAAGGAAGCAUCCUGUGCCUUUUCUUUCUGCACUUGCCCUCACGUCACCAGGAAGCCCCGCCCCUUCCUGUUGUACACCCUGUGCCUUAUUUCAAUUUCUGCAUUGGUUUACAUUUCAGGAGAAUGCACACAUGUUGACUCUUGUGUUUUAUUAUGAAGGAGCAACAUGUAAGAGGGCGGAGCUACAGAUUAUGCAAUUUGUUUUUGCUUUCAAAUCGACUGUGUUCACACGUGUUUUUAUUAUCACAUGAUACCCAAAUUUAUGUCGAAAUAUUUAAUGAGCAUGCGGACAGGCUUCACAGCACGUCGCAAAGAUUGUACUUGCCGUUUGAUAAAUAUCAAACCAAACAGGCGAUGGUUGUGUGAAUGAAGGCUCUUUAUUUGUACACGCGUGCCUCAUGAAGUGUCAGGUGAGCGUACGUAUAAAUAAUAAAUACACUAUUCUAUCACCUGCUUGUCCUGU